CGUCCUCCUUGCCUGCCGGGCUGGCAGCGAGCCCGCUGCUGGGUACCUGGGAAGAUCUGCUCUUGGCUUUCUGAGCUGAGGCGAAAGUCCGGUCCCUAGAGCGCGGAGAGCUGCGGUGCCAGGCGCCUCGGCGGACUCCCCUUCAAGUGUACGUCUGCAGCGGCCCAUGCUGUCUGCCACUCAUGGGUGUAAGCAAGUUAGAUAUUCUAUACCGGAGACUUCUCCUCACAAAGCUCUUCAUCAGAGGAUGGGGAAGGCCAGAAGAUCUCAAGAGACUCUUUGAAUUCAGAAAGAUGAUUGGAAAUCGAGAAAGGUGCCAGAAUCUGGUUUCAAGCGACUAUCCAGUGCACAUUGAUAAGGUUGAAGAACAGUCAGAUUGUAAGAUCCUAGAUGGACACUUUGUUUCUCCCAUGGCCCACUAUGUGCCUGGUAUCAUGCCAAUUGAGUCAGUUAUUGCAAGGUUCCAAUUUAUUGUGCCUAAGGAAUGGAACAGCAGAUACAGACCUGUGUGCAUUCAUCUGGCUGGAACAGGAGACCAUCAUUACUGGAGGCGCAGGACUCUCAUGGCUCGUCCUAUGAUUAAGGAGGCCCGAAUGGCUUCAUUGUUGCUAGAAAACCCUUAUUAUGGCUGCAGGAAGCCCAAGGACCAAGUAAGAUCCAGCUUAAAAAAUGUGUCUGACCUGUUUGUGAUGGGAGGUGCUCUUAUUCUGGAGUCGGCAGCUCUCUUGCACUGGUUGGAGAGGGAAGGUUAUGGACCUCUCGGAAUGACUGGAAUAUCCAUGGGAGGACAUAUGGCCUCCUUAGCAGUUUCCAACUGGCCCAAGCCCAUGCCAUUGAUUCCAUGCCUGUCUUGGUCCACCGCAUCUGGGGUCUUCACUACGGGUGUAUUGAGUAAAUCUAUUAAUUGGCGGGAGCUGGAAAAGCAGUAUUACACACAGACAGUUUAUGAAGAAGAAAUUAUUCAUAUGCUAGAGUACUGUGGGGCAGAUUCUUUCAAAAUGGGACAUGACUUCAUGAAACACUUCCCUAGCAGUGCAGACAAGCUGACCAACCUAAAUCUGGUUUCCAGAACAUUAAACUUAGAUACAACAGACCAAGUUGUGUCCCCAAAGCAUGUUGAGUGCCAUAAUUCUGGUAAAACAUCUGUCAGUACUACUUCAAAAGGACACUUGAUGCAAGAUACCGCUAAGAUGGAAUGCCUGAAUCAAACACUCUCAACUAACAAAAGUCGUUAUGCAAAUUACAACCCUCAGUCACCUCACCUGCUCAGCAAAGAACAGAAAAGAAGUAAUCUUCAGAAAGAAUCUCUGAUCUUCAUGAAGGGAGUCAUGGAUGAAUGUACUCAUGUAGCAAACUUCUCAGUUCCAGUUGACCCAAGCCUCAUUAUAGUGGUACAAGCCAAAGAGGAUGCCUAUAUUCCACGGACAGGAGUUCGAAGCCUGCAAGAAAUUUGGCCUGGUUGUGAAAUCCGGUACCUAGAAGGGGGUCACAUCAGUGCUUAUCUCUUUAAACAAGGACUCUUCAGACAAGCCAUCUACGAUGCCUUUGAACGUUUCCUUCAUAAAUAUGCUAACUAAUCGGAUCAAUGGAUCCUACUAAAAGCGUUCACCCUACGAUGAUGUGAGAAACAAGCAGACAGCACUACUUACCUGAUUGCUGCCAUAUAGUCUGUGUGCCAGUGUUAUGGGUCAGUUACCAACUGUAGAUUUUAUUAAUGUAAAAGCAGUACUUGAAUCGUACAAUCCUGAAGUGUUUGUUACUCUUGAAAAUCUCAUAUAUCCAAUAUGACAUCUGUUGUUAAUAUUUAUAAAAACAUUUUAAUUAUGAAUAAUUUAUUGAUUCUGAAUAAAUAGGAACCCUAUUGGUUUUUAAUAGAAUUGUUGAAACUAAGAUUAUAUAACAUAUGUACUGUAUACUGUUAUAUGGCAUUUUUUGCUAUUAACUUUAUUUUAAAACCUGUGUUCCUCCUUUUUGUCUAUGUAGUGGGUUUAUAAUCUAGCUUUCAACUUUAGGUAAUUUACUGCCAUAGAUGUGUAAAUCAGUGUUACCUUUGAAUUAUGAAAACUAUCCUGACUGCUGAGCUGUGCCUCUGUGUACAAACUGCAAUCCCAGCACUUGAGAAGUGAAGGCAAGAGGGUCAAGAGUCCCAUCAUUGUUCUUUACAGAGCAAAGUUGAGGCCAGCCUGAGCUACACGAGACCCUGUCUCAAAAAAAUAUGUCUGGCAUGGUAGCUCAUGCCUUCAAUCCCAGCAGGUAGGAGAGAGAAGCGUGUAGAGCUCUAUUGAGUUCAAGGCCAGUCUGGUCUGUGCGGCAAGUUGCAGGCCUGCCAAAACUACAUGAUAAGACUGUCUCAAAAACAGUAACACGACAGUAUAAAACAAACCUUACUGCUUUGUAAUGUUUUACUAACAACCUGAAUGCUGAAACAUGCAAAUAAGAUUAGUUAGACUAGAGCAGACUUUAAAGUGUUAUCAAACGUUAGGUCAGAAAAGUGCCAGGACUGGGGCUGUACUUGCCCAGCCUGUGAAGACUCUGAGGCCAGUCCCCAAUCCGCCAAACAGAAAGAAAACCUGUAUGUAUCUGGGAUGGGAGUCAAACAUGCUCUCUAUAUUUAAGAGAGCUUUGUCUUGAAAAAUGGAUAUGCUAGAUGAACUUUUCACUAGAUACUAGAUUCUUUCAGGCAUUUCUUACACACCUGGUUCUUCUGUUGCUUAAAGACUGAGUUAACAGCUUUGACUUUUUGAUUUCAGAAUUUAAUAGCUACAUAUGAAAUUGAACCAUUGUACAGAAAAACUUGAGGCUUUAUACACUGCUGACUUUUUAAAUGGGAUUUAUAUGGAUAGAUAUAUGGUGCUGAUAAUAAACUUCUCUGAGCAAGAAUGUUUAAAAGGUAAUAUUAAAAUGUGUUUGUUUGAAAUCUGUAUUGCUCUUAAAUUUAAGUUUAAUGGAGAUAUGUGGAUUUUUUUUUCUUUUUUGCAAGCCAGGGUUUCUGUGUAGCCUUGGAGCCUGUGGAUAGGUGGAUAUUAACAUGCCUUUGGCAGCUUUUUAAAGAUGCUGCGCCAUUCUAAGGUCUGUUCCUAAAGUUCCCAACAGCUGUUUAAACAUUUUUACUGUGGAGUCGGUGAUGGAAAAGUAGUUGCUUCUUGGACACUUGGACUUUCACAUAUAUCACAGUAAGGCUGUUAGAGCUACAGCAAUUUCGUAUAUUCAGACUAGAACUUUUACUUUUGACUUCCAGAACAAAAUGAUCCUUUAAAUAAAACCUAUGUACACCUUUAAUCUCAGUGCUCUGGAGGCUGAGGCAGGCCAAUCUCUCAGCUGGAGGCCACCAGGACUACACAGAGAAAACCUGUCUGUCUUUUUAAAAUAAAUAAAUAAAACAAGAGAUUAAAUGUAUUACACCAUUCUAUCAUGCAUAUAGUGAGAGAAUUUCUUUGGAUUCUGAACAUAGUUUCAGCCAAAAACAUUUUUCUUCACAUAUGCAUUUAUUAAAAACAUUCUGUGGUAUGUAGUUUUUCUACUAGUAAAAUAAUGAAAAUUUGAUAUUUUAAUUAAUUCUUAGACUAUUUUAGAAUUUUUAUUUUUUAAGAACUGGGUGCAGAGUCAGGCAUGGUGGUACAUACCCUUAAUCCCAGCUCUGGGAGGCAGAGUUCAAGGCAAGCCUGGUCUGCCAAGCAGUUCAGAACAGUCAGAGAUAUACAGAGAAACCUUAUCUCAACAGAGGGAAAAAAAAAGAACUGUGUGUCACUGGCAGGACAUGCCUGUAAUUCCAGCACUUGGGAGGUAAAGGAUCAGUCACAAGUUCCAGGCCAAUACAGUCUACAUAGUGUGUUCCCAGACCACUCAGGACUAUCUGUCUCAAAUAAAUAAAUUUAUUUUUAUCCUUCAUUCACAAAACUGCCUAAGCUGAUUAAUUCAGAGAGAAAAAAAAUACCUUUUUUCACGUUUCUUUAAGCCCACUCAGCAUAAUAAAGCAUUCAUACACACACAUUAUAUAUAUUCUUUGAGAAAUUAAUGUAUUUUCAAAGAAGUCCUGCCUGCCAUUUUCCCGACACUUUGUGGAUUAGGUCUAUAAAUACUAUAGAUUCAAUCAGACCAGAGUUGCAGGGAACUAGUUUUCACAGGCCAGUUUGACCCAGUUUUGUCUGGUGUACAGAAUAGGUGUGAAUUCCCAAUUCUGCUAGCAGACUUCUUAUGUGUAAGUAACUACUACUCUAUAUUUUCACUCAGCUCUAAAGACCUGGUGUAGUUCUAUACUUAGACUUCAUGAUUUGCCAAUGUUGUCAUUAGAUUUUAUCAAUGUAUUUUUAACGUGGUGCUUUCUCUAAUGUCUAUUAACAUUAUAACUGAAUUUUUAAGAUAUUUCCAAAUUUAUAUUUCAUAAUAAAAAUCUAUUUUAGUAGUUAUUUGCUUUGUUUUCCU